UAGAUUUGUAAAUACACCCUUAUAUGUUGUUCAUGUGAUGAGUAUUGACGCCACUGAAGAAAUUGCCAGGGCCAAAAUGUCAGGUAUGAAGUUAUUGAGAAACCCAGAAGUUUCAGGGUUAGUCCUCAAUGACUUCUUGGCUUUGGAACCCAGGGAUUUUGCACAUUGCGUAGCACAGUAUGUAAUGAGUCCUCCAAUACGGAAAUCUGGACAUGAUAAAUCACUAAGCUGCCCUUUCCUCCGAAUAUUGCUGCAACUUGUUGGAACAGAUCAUUGCACAUUUACCAAAACACAGAAAGCUCUGGGUAUUGAUGAUUUCCGUAAAAUUCCAAAUGGUGUCAAUGGUAUAGAAGAAAGGAUGCAUCUAGUUUGGGAUUUGUUGGUUGAAUCUGGGCAAAUCUCCGUUAUGGAUUAUGUGCGAAUAACAAGCACUGAAUGUGCUAGGAUAUUCAACAUUUAUCCAAGAAAGGGAGCCAUAAUGGAAGGAUCUGAUGCGGAUUUGAUUAUCCUGAAUCCUAAUGCAAGCUUUAAAAUAAGUGCAGCUUCCCACCAUUCAAGAUGUGAUACAAACGUCUAUGAAGGAAUGACUGGCAUGGGGAAAGUUGAAGUGACGAUCUCAGGUGGAAGAAUUGUUUGGGAUGGUGAAUUGAAGGUUAAACCUGGGUCCGGGAAGUACAUAAAAAUGCCACCUUUCGGUUACCUAUUUGAAGGCAUAGAGAAGGCAGAUUUAGCACUCCUAUCUUCCCUUCAUUCUUCUAGUCGAAUCGGCAGAUCUGCAGCUUAAGAAAUUCAAAUAAAUAUGUUGAAUUUAUUUAGAUGAUCAGUUAAAGGCAUUAUUCUAAGUCAAAUGAAUAUAGAAGGGUUGGAAGAUGCCAUUCUAUAUACAUUAAUAGGUGUAUUGGAACUUAGAUAAUGACCUGUUUUUAGGAAACUCAGCAUGGAAACUACUUGUACAAACAUUAUUAUAAUAAAGCAAUUCUGAAUACGAAUUUCAGGUUUA